UCCCUCUCUUCAUUGACAGUUACUACAGAUAGAAAGAAGAAAUCCUUAAUAUUUUGCAUAUUAUUGCAAAUAGAGAAAUGGGCAGACAUUCUUGCUGCUACAAGCAAAAGUUAAGGAAAGGUCUAUGGUCACCUGAGGAAGAUGAGAAGCUUAUCAAACAUAUAACCAAAUUUGGCCAUGGCUGCUGGAGCUCUGUUCCUAAACUUGCAGCUUUACAAAGAUGUGGAAAAAGUUGCAGGCUAAGAUGGAUUAAUUACCUCAGACCUGAUUUGAAGAGAGGAACCUUUUCACAUCAAGAAGAAAGCUUGAUUAUUGAACUCCAUUCUGUUCUUGGAAACAGGUGGUCUCAGAUUGCAGCUCAGUUACCUGGAAGAACAGAUAAUGAGAUUAAGAAUCUUUGGAAUUCUUCAAUUAAGAAGAAGCUCAGGCAAAGAGGAAUUGAUCCCAAUACCCAUAAGCCACUUUCCGAGGUUGAGAAUGAAGAGAAAUUGAACAACAACAUAAACACAGAAAGCAAUCAGAAUUCCGACAAGACAAUUCAGAUGCCGGUGGUAGUUCAGAAUAUUCCUGUAACACCAACCCAUGAAUUCUUCCACGAGGAAAGAUUUGUUAAUUCGUCCCAUGAAAGCUCCACCGCGGGAUUCUUCUCUAUCCAACAACAACAACAACAACAUCAACAACAGCAGCAGUUCAACAAUUAUGAAGCCAGUAUUAUUCCAAACACGGGUCUCUUUCUCAGUCCCAAUUCAAUUCACGACUUCAUAAGUUUUCCUUGUAAUUCCAUGUCGAAACCUUCCAUUAGUCUCCAUUCUGAUCAGAGCACUACCAACUCAAUGGGAUCCUUCACUGUUAAUCACAAUUGGAUUAACAGUACAAGCAGCAAUGGAAGCAGCAGCAGCAACAACAGUAAUGUUGAUCUUCAAAACAACACUUCAUUCUUCGACAACAACACAGCCUUCUCGUGGGGAACAGCAGCAGACGACUGCAUAAUAAUAAAACACGAAAACAACCAAGAGGAAGAAAUGAAAUGGUCCGAAUAUCUAAUGGGUACUUCAGCAAUUCAGAGCCAACUAAAUAUUACUCCUCAGCAUAUCUAUGGAGAUGCUAAACCAGAAAUGCAAUCAAUCAAUAAUCAUAAUAACAUUUGGCCACAGCAACAACAACAACAUGAAUCUUCUUCACAUGGAAGCAUAGACAUAUUUAACAAGCAAUUCCAGAGACUUGCAGCAGAAUCGUAUGGACAAUACUCCUAGCUCUUUCUUUUUCAUUUAAUUACCAGCAAAUUGGAGAUCAAUCAGGCUUUUUUGUUUUCAUUAAGACUGUCUGUCUGUAAAUAGUCAGAUACCAAAAAAAAAUAAAAAAAUUUGUUCUUGUUAUAUGCAUAAUAAAGUACUGUUUGAAUUGAAUU